AUGGGUGUCGCGGACUCUUCACACAGAACUAUCCAUCCCUUAAAGAGGCGAAAAACCUCUCAUAACACUACCGCUACAUUCCGUCCUGUUGCCGACGCCACCCCCCUCAAGGAUCUCAAGGGCGACAGGUGUACGUCCUGCCGCCGCGCCUUCCCUGCCUCGAAGCAGAACCAGCUCUUGCAGUGUGCUCGCUGCCUGUCUUCAACGUGCACAAUUUGCUCGCGGAUUUGCAACGGAUGCCCGCCUUCCACCACCGUGCCUCCCACCCCGACCCUCACUGACACACCGAGCCUCCCCGACACUCCCUUGGAGUCCCCCUUCCGAACCCCAGAUUCGCUUCCCAGACGGCCUGCCCUCUCUCAGAGCACCAACAUGGUCGUAGACGUCGGGGUGGCUAGCAGUGUGGCCGGGCGAAGACGAAAGGUGCGUGACGAAGACUUCGCGGAAGGAGCGCGGAGCGCGGAAGGCAGCGGCGAUGGAGAUGGAGAAGAUAUGGCGACUCCCGGGUGUGGAAGAACCAUAUGUCAGAACUGUUCGUUCGAGACCCCUUCCAGGGACAUCACAACUUGCUACGACUGCGGAGGACGUCCACACACACCAUGA